GCGAAAGCACUGGCAUGCCAGGAACUGACUCUGAGGCAAUUAGGAGCAUAUGAGCUGUGCUCCAGGCCUCAGGAUCUUCACAGCUGGCAUGGCAACAGAGGGUCAGGCAAUCAGAGGUGUGAAUCAUCGGAGUUAUGGAGCUGUUCAUCAGAGCCAUGAAGUAACCAAUCAAGAACGCUUCGAUGCCAUUGCUCCUUAUCACACUACUCAAGCAGAAGUACCUUCUGCUCCCCACCCUCAUCUGAUAGACUACAAGUCUGAAUAUGAAGGCACAUUCCUGAGAAAUAGUGGAAGCGACGUACCACCCCCACCAGAGUUGCUUAACAAGCAUGAUGAUGGGCCACCUCCAUCACAAGCAAACUGGAACAUUCCUGCUGUCUCAGAAGAUAUAGCCAAAGAUGCUCUCAUAAAGUAUGCAGACAGUAAAUUGUGCUAUAGCAGAGCCCCAGCCGUAGAAAUGGUAUUUCGGGAUCUAAAGCCAUUUAACACCUACAGAUAUUCCCUGGAGACUUUUACUGAAACGAGGUGCACGGACGUGAAAACGGUGCCUUACAAUGGUGAAUUUGUUGACUCCUGUAUGCUUGGCGUUCCCCCGCUGCUGUGGAAUAUACAGGUGGAAGUUCCUUCUAUGUUCACAGAUCACGUACAGAGAGUCAAAGUACCUCACACAUCAUUAGUAAAGGGCUGUUUUGACUGUGCAGCGUCGGGUAGGGUUCGCUGCAGGAAAUGCCAUGGGCGAGGUCAGAUAGAGUGCUGGGUGUGUCAUGGUAGUCGGACAACGGACCAUGAUAACAGGUGUUCACACUGCUCAGGACGUGGCUACGAAAGAUGCAUCUCUUGCUCUGGUCAGGGACUCAAGAAAUGUGAUACCUGUCAAGGAAGAGGACAAAUGCUGUCUUACACUGAGCUGCAAGUCAAAUGGAAAAAUAACAUUUUUGAAUAUGUGGUGGACCAGAAAUGUGGGUUUCCUGCCAAACGCUUCAAAGCUGUCAGGGGAGAGAAGAUAUUUGUUGAUGAACAAGUCAUGGUUUAUCCUGUGGUGAAUUUUCCUGAUCCUUCCAUAAAUCAAGCUUCCCAAAAUGCUGUUCAGCAACAUCAUGCUCAGUUUGCAUCUUCAGCUCGCGUGCUGAGACAGAGGCAAACCAUUGAGUUGAUUUUUCUCACACAAGUGGAGUAUGAGUGGAAGGGGACGCUGUAUUCCUAUUAUGUCUAUGGAAAUGAAAAUGAGGUGUAUGCAGAAAAUUACCCCAAAAAAUGUUGCUGCUCCAUCAUGUAACUGAUGCAUCAGUCCUCAGGACUUCAAGGUGGAUGACUUGCUUUCCAGAACUGAACAAGCAAAGACAUCAUCUACCAAUGUGCUCAGUUGUUUUUAGUUUGCGGUUGAGGUGCAAUGGGAAAGGAAUGGGAGAAUGAGAAGGCCUAGCAAGCAGAUUCCAGGAUUGGAGUCUGCAUGCAUGUUGCAGUCUUUCUGGAAGUCUUGCUAUGGACGUUGCUGCCUCUACCCUGUCAGUGGUAAAAAACAAAUUCAGCUAUGAGUACAAUAGUGUUUAAUUAUGGUCAGAAGGUUGGGUAGACAUGUACCUAUUGACCAACUAAAGAAGAUAUAUCUACACAGAGCACAAGCUUUCGUGUACCAAGUUCACUUCAUCAGAUGCACAGCAUACAUAUCCUGUUCAUUUACUUAAUAAAGGUGCAUAUCUACCCUAUCUUCUGACUGACUCAGACUAACAUGACUAUCUCUCUUCAUUUAAUUAUGUUACCUUGUAUGGCACUACUUCAGCACAUAUGGCACUAUUCCUGGGUAAGGGAGAUUCCUUACCCUCCAUUAAAGCUGACCUUGUCAGGAACACCUUGACAGGCUGGACACCUUCACGUCAGCCGGCCCUGACGGUUUACACCCAAGGGUACUCAAAGAGCUGGCAGACAUCAUAGCUCAGCCCCUGGCACAGAUCUUUGAGAACUCCUGGCGCUCUGGUGAAGUGCCUGACAAUUGGAAGAAGGCCAAUGUGGUGGCUAUCUUCAAAAAAGGGAGGAAAGUGGAUCUGGCAAACUACAGGCCCAUCAGCCUGAUCUCUAUCCCAGGGAAGGUCUUGGAAAAGAUUAUCAAAGAGGCCACCCUAUACAGGCUAGCUGAUGGCAACAUCCUGAGGGAUGGCCAGCAUGUGUUUGUUGUGGGUAGGUCUUGCUUGACCAAUCUCAUUUCCUUUUACGACCAGGUGACCUAUCAACUGGACAAGGUGGAAGAGAUUGAUGUCAUAUAUCUUGACUUUAAAAAAGCCUACAAUCUGGUAUCCCAUGAUCACCUCUUGGAAAAACUGGCUAACUGUAGCCUCGACCUCACCACGAUCUGCUGGCUGGGAAAUUGGCUCUGCAGCAGGACCCAGAGGGUGGUGGUUGACGGAAGUCAAUCAUCAUGGUGCACUGUGACCAGUGGGGUCCCUCAGGGCUCUGUCCUAGGGCCUUUACUUUUUAACAUCUUCAUCAAUGAUGUAGACAUUGGUGUCACCAGUGGGCUGGCCAAGUUUGCCAAUAACACCAAACUCUGGGGUAAUGCAUCCACACCUGAGGACAGGAGGGUGAUCUAGGCAGAUCUUGACAGGCUCAUGAAAUGGGCAGACGUGAACCUGAUGGUGUUUAACACCGAAAAAUGCAAGGUUCUCCACCUUGGGAGGAAAAACCUGCAGCAUGCUCAUAGCUUCGGCAGUGCUAUGCUGGUUAGCACUACAGAUGAAAGGGACUUGGGGGUCAUGACUGACCACAAGAUGAACAUGAGCCUUCAAUGCAAUGCUGCAGCUAGUAAAGCAAGCAAAGUGCUGGCUUGCAUCUAUAGAUACUUCUCAAGCAAAUCCCAUGACAUCAUUUUCCCCUUGUACUCGGCCUUGGUGAGGCCGCAGCUGGAGUAGUGCAUCCAGUUUUGGGCUCCACAAUUCAAAAAGGAUGUGGAGAAGCUUGAGAGAGUGCAGAGGAGAGCCAUGCACAUGAUCAGAGGUCAGGAUAACAGACCUUAUGACUAGAGGCUGAGCCAUGGGACUCUCCAGCUUGGAAAAGCGCAGGCUCAGGGGUGAUAUGGUGGCCACCUAUAAGUUUAUCAGGGGUGUUCACCAGCAUCUGAGGGAACAUCUGUUCACCAGGAUCUGGGGGAACGUCUGUUCACCAGAGCACCCCAAGGGCUGACAAGAUUGAAUGGUCAUAAUCUCCUCUGUGACCAUUUCAGGCUGGACAUAAGGAAGAACUUCUUUACUGUCCAAGUUCAUAGAAUCAUAGAAGUAGGGUCGGAAGGGACCUUGUAGAUCUUCAAGUCCAACCCCUGCCUGGGCAGGAAGAAAACUGGGCUUAAAUGACCCCAGCCAGGUAGGCAUCAAGCCACUUCUACAAGGUUUGGAAUAGUUCCCAAGGUUUGGAAUAGACUGCCACUGGAGGUGGUUCAAGCAUCUACUUUGAAUGCCUUCAAGACACUUCUGGAUGUUUAUCUUGCAGGGAUCCUAUGAUCCCUGCUGACUUCCUGACUUCCUGCCCCUGGGCAGGAAGCUGGACUCGAUGAUCCUCUGGGGUCCCUUCCAGCCUGAAUGUGAAUGAAAUCUAUGAAAUAUUCUUGCUCUUCAUUUGAUUUUCCUUGUUUCAAGGACUAUAGUUGAGUUGGGGAGCAUAGGGAAACUAGUCCUCAAACUUUAUCUUUCAUUAUCAAUAGUAGUAGAAAUAAUGUAAUCCUAUGGGCCAAAAUCUGCUCUACUUCCUACCAAGAUAAUGCAACUGGCUUUAAUAAUCCUAAACCAAUGCAUAUUAACCUGAUAUUAAUCCAGAUACAUAAGAUACUAAUAGGGUGUGUCUACACAUAGCCCUAUGGUGACAUAGAGGCACACUGUAGUGAUGUAAUGAUCACAUGGGUCUACACGUGAUCACUAGCUACAUUGCCAUAGUGGUGUGCUCCCUCCCUUGGUAUAGUGUGCUGCUAUGGUGACAUAGCAGUGAAAUCUAACCAUGUGCCAUGCGCACGGCACAGUAACCAUCCAUACUGCACCAUGCUUUCGUACUUCCAAGGGGAAGUAGCAACAUCACCAUACAGUGACAUGUAGACUUGCACAUAGUGCAUCAAAAGCAGUUGCAUUGUGUACUUCCCUGCACUUCAAUAAAGCUGAUACCAAAUUUC